CAUCUUUUAACAGGUGACAUUCUGGACCGGUAUGAACUCGGCAAGGAGAUUGGAGAGGGAGGAUUUGGCAGCGUCUAUGAAGGGAAGCGCUUGGAGGAUGGCCUUGAGGUGGCAGUAAAAAUUGCCAGAAAGCCAUCGAACAUGAAAUACAUCAACAUCGCUGGUCAUCCUGAGCCCCUUCCUUUAGAGAUCGGCCUGUUGAUACUGGCUCAUAGAGGCGGCAAGGUUCCAGAGAUCAUUGAGCUGCUGGACUGGCAGGACCAGCAGGAUCGUUACAUCAUGAUCCUGGAACGACCUUCACCAUGUGUAGAUCUGUUGGACUUAAUAAUGUCUCUUGGCUCCAUCACUGAACGCCAGGCUCAAAAGAUCAUGGAGCAGGCAACAACGGCCGGUCUCAUGUGCUGCAGACGUGGGGUAUUUCACCGAGACAUAAAGCUGGAGAACCUGCUGGUCAACACGGACACGCUGGAGGUCAAGCUAAUUGACUUUGGCUGUGGGGCUCUUCUCCAGGAAUCUGGCUAUGACAGUUUCUGUGGCACAAAGGAGUACUUCCCACCAGAGUACUACCUGGACGACGAAUAUCAUGCAGAACCAUCCACUGUAUGGUCUUUAGGAGUUCUGUUAUUCCUACUGCUGUGUCAACGAUUUCCUGAAGUCACGGACACGCAGAGGAUCGAUGAUGGAAACUGGACUGAGCCUGGAUUGUCAGAAGAAUGCUGUGACUUGAUUCAAGCUCUCCUGCAGGAAAACCCAAGCCAGCGGAUUCCUCUGGAAGAAAUCAUUCUCCAUCAAUGGUUUAAGGUCAAGGAAUAAGCAAUAAGGAAUGUAGUGCGAAUGGAUGGGAAAGAUUAUUUGCACUACUGAGCACCACAGUUCCUGACGCAAAAAAAGUACAGAUUCAACAGUAGAGCUUAAAAAAGGACACAGCAGCAACAAAGAAUCCCAGAAAAAAAGGUCACAGCAACAACAGAAGAUCCAGAAAAAAAAGAUCAGGCCUCAAGAAAAGAUCCUGGAAAAGACACAAAAGAUCCCGAGAAAAGGGCACAGCCCCAACAAUGAAAACAUUUGUAAAUAAAAACAUGAAUAAAAUAUACUUUGUCGCACCAGUCCUGUUUUCAUAAAAAAUACAUCAAAUCAGCCACGAUACUGAAAAAGCAGACAGCAGUGAAUGAAACACUUAAACAAAUUACUCGAACACUUAAGUACCAGGACAACUAAACACAUACACACUCACACACACACUUAUAAACUGAUGUGACUGUAACUGA